UAGUUUUUUACUUACCUACCUAGCUAUAGUUUGUAUAAACUAUAUAAGUACUACUAUACCUUAAAAUUUGGAUUUGGUGUUAUUGAAAUUUAUUAUACAGUAGACAUUUUAUAAACUUUAUUCAAAUAAUUUUAAAAUGCUUAACACUGGAAAAUUGGAAGGGCGCACGUUAUUUAUUACCGGAGGAAGUCGUGGUAUUGGCAAAGCAAUUGCUUUGAAAGCAGCCAAGGAUGGCGCCAACAUAGUUAUUGCAGCAAAGACAACUGAGCCACAUCCUAAACUCCCGGGAACCAUAUACACUUCUGCAAAAGAGAUUGAAGAAGCAGGAGGAAAAUGUUUACCUUGUGUUGUUGACGUAAGAAAUGAAAGUCAAAUAAUUGAUGCUGUUAAUAAAGCUGUUGAUGUAUUUGGAGGUAUAGAUAUAGUCAUAAACAAUGCUAGUGCAAUAUCAUUAACUGGAACAUUAGACACUGACAUGAAAAGAUAUGACUUAAUGCAUAACAUUAAUACAAGAGGAACAUUUCUUGUAUCAAAAAUAUGUUUGCCUCACUUAAAGAAAAGCAAAUACGGUCAUAUUUUAAAUAUUAGUCCUCCGUUGAAUAUGAAUCCUAAUUGGUUUAAGGAUCACGUUGCAUACACAAUGGCCAAGUAUGGAAUGUCAAUGUGUGUAUUAGGAAUGGCUACAGAAUUUAAGAAAUAUAACAUUGCUGUAAAUGCUUUAUGGCCCAGAACUGUAAUUCAUACAGCAGCUGUGGAGAUGUUAUCAGGUAUAAAUGAAGCAAAAUCAUAUUCACGAAAACCUGAUAUAAUGGCUGAUGCAGCUUAUUCAAUCAUUACUAAACCAUUUGAUCAUUAUAAUGGAAAUUUUUUAAUUGACGAUGAAGUAUUACAACAAGAAGGAAUACUAGAUUUUGAUCAGUAUUUAAGUGAUCCAGAGAACAGUGGUAAUCUCAUGAUGGAUUUUUUUUUGGAAGACUAUCCACAUGAUGGUUUCAAUCAAGGUAAAGAAGUGGCUAAAAGACAAGCUCAGCGAAAUGAAACAAAUAAAACAAUGCCGUAGCUAGAACAUUUUUUAAGGGGGGGGGCAUUUAAUUAUUUUCACAAUUUUUUAGAAUGUUAGAAUACUUAUUAGUUAUUUCUAUAUUACCUCGCCUUUGUUUAUAAAGUGUUUAAUACAUAUCUACUUUUUUAUGACUACAGCAUGACUACAGUCUACACUCUACAAUUAUUGAAUUAUGUUAACAACUAUUAUGACACCCAUACAUUUAACAAAAUAAUUUAUUAUGAUAUCAAUAUGUAUUGUGUAGUAAUAUAAAAUUUCUUUUUUUGUUCAAAUAUUAUUACUAUUUACAAAGAAUCCAACAUCAGUUAACGGUUGCACGCACGUGGAUCGCUAAAAUAGAUUUUCCUUGAAUUAUAUAAAUAUAUAUAUUUAUCCUCAUCAUAUAACUAAUAACAAAAUGUCUGUGCAAUACACCACUAAUAUUACCGACCAACCAAAUAAAAAAAAGAUUUCUGGUGGAAGGGGAGGGACAUGUGCCCAUUGUGCCCUCAGUGCCCCAUCCUGGUUAAUAGUUAAGACAGUGAAAUAUAGUGAUGAGAAUUAUUAAAAAAUUUAAUUUCUAUUAUGCUUUUUAUAAUUUAGGUAGAUACCUAUUAUUGUAUAUAAUUUAGAAGAUUAGUACUUAGUAAUAUUAUUCAAUUAUAUUUUCCAAAAUUGUUUUUAUUUUUAAACUAGACAAUUGUACAAUCUGUAAGAUAAUUAUUUACAAUAAGCACCCGUGAUUAAAAAUUAAAUAACAAAUAAAAGAUAAAAUAACAUAGAACAAAGUUACCAAAAGUAGUUAGUUAAAUUCAAUUAGGAUUAUUUACAUAAAUUAAGAUACCUAAUAAGAUUUACAUUUUUAGUUGUUAAGAUAAAACGUAAUUGACGAGACCGGUUACCCAUUUAAAGCAAGCUGUUUAGUGUGGAUAUGUAUUAUGCGUUGCCCAGGUUAGCCGACAGUUAAGGUGUAGACUUAAAUAACGAACAUUUUGGGCAGAUGACAGUGGGAGGUGAUUAAGCCAAAAUUAUUGUUAAAUUAUUUAUUGGUAGGUAUAAUAAUAAUAUAGGUAAUACAGUCAUAGGUGAAUAAUAUUCUGAAAAAUAUAAAAGGCAGCUUUAAUUAAAGCUAUAUGCCUAUAUAUAAUAAUAUAAAUAUAAUAUCUAACAUGCAUAGAGUUGUGGGGCAUUGCUCCUAUAUUAUACAUUAGAUCAUAUACUAUACCUAUGUAUCAAAUACUGUAUAAAUAAUUAAAGGCUCCUACUCUCCAAUUAAUUUACUAACGCUUACAAAUAUUUUUUUUAAUAGAAAUAAGACCACACGACGUA